GCCAAGACGAAGGGGUUGCAGAGCGGCGUGGACAUCGGCGUGAAGUACUCGGAGAAGCAGCAGAGGAACUUCGACGAGGCGAAGAUGAAGGCCGGGCAGUGGGUGGUUGGGCUGCAGAUGGGCACAAACAAGUGUGCCAGCCAGUCUGGCAUGACGGCCUACGGUACCCGGAGGCACCUCUACGACCCCAAGAACCAGAUCCUGCCGCCCAUGGACCACUCCACCAUCAGCCUCCAGAUGGGCACCAACAAGUGUGCCAGCCAGGUGGGCAUGACGGCUCCUGGCACCAGGAGACACAUCUACGAUGCCAAGACGGGGACGGAGAAGUGCGACAACUCCUCCAUGUCGCUGCAGAUGGGCUCCAACCAGGGCGCCAACCAGAGUGGCCAGGUCUUCGGCUUGGGCCGCCAGAUCUACGACCCCAAGUACUGCCCACAGGGCAGCCAGGGCGAGGUGGCCAAUGCCGCCUGCGACCAGAGCGGGGACCCCCCCAUGUACCACUACUACUGCGAGGAGGAGAGCUACUGA